CUUUAUUCAUUUCUUAGAAUGGUGCUGUGCUCCCAAGUGCAGAUGAGGACAUGUCUGUUCUUUCUGGGCUGCAGAGCAAGUUUUUUUCUCUUCCCCCGCAGUAGCUGUGGGGUUACAAGCCAGUGGCAGCAUUUUGCUACAAUGAAGUUGCAGUCUCCAGAAUUCCACUCUCUCUUCACACCAGGACUGAAGAGUGUAGCAGAAUUAUUUGACGAAGCAAAGCAUGAAUUAAGAAUAGCAGGAGGUGCUGUAAGGGACUUGCUCAAUGGGAUGAUGCCACAAGAUGUUGACUUUGCCACCACUGCUACUCCGACUCAAAUGAAAGAAAUGUUCCAGAGUGCAGGUGUUCGUAUGAUCAACAACCGAGGAGAAAAACAUGGAACCAUUACUGCAAGGCUCCAUGAGCAGAACUUUGAAAUUACCACACUGAGAAUCGAUCUGAUUACCGAUGGACGACAUGCAGAAGUAGAGUUCACAACUGACUGGGGAAAAGAUGCUGAGAGGAGAGAUCUCACAAUCAAUUCAAUGUUUCUUGGAUUGGAUGGCACACUUUAUGAUUAUUUCAAUGGCUAUGAUGAUUUAAAAAACAAAAAAGUCAGAUUUGUAGGACAUGCAAACCAGAGAAUACAAGAGGAUUACUUACGAAUUCUACGAUACUUCAGGUUUUAUGGAAGGAUAGCCGAGAAGCCUGGUGGUGACCAUGACUGCAAAACAUUGGAGGCAAUCAGAGAAAAUGCCAAAGGUUUGGCCGGAAUAUCAGGGGAGAGGAUUUGGAUGGAGCUGAAGAAAAUUCUUGCUGGGAAUCAUGUUAAUCAUCUGGUUCGGCUGAUGUAUGAACUUGAUGUGGCUGGCUAUUUGGGAUUACCUGUUAAUGGGAACUUAAAGGAAUUUGACACAGUCUGUAAAAAUGUUCAGAAUCACUUUCCAAAACCAAUGACCGUUCUAACAUCACUGUUCAAGGUUCCAGAUGAUGUCUUGAAACUGGAUCUGAGGCUGAAAAUUUCAAAAGAUGAAAAAAAUCUUGGGCUGUUUCUACUGAAGCACAGGAAGGAUUUGGUCAAAGCAUCCGAUGCUGCCGCACCACUUAAACCGUAUCAGGAGUUCAUUAUAGAUUCAAGGGAACCUGAUGCAACAUCCAAAAUCUGUGAGCUUCUGAAGUACCAAGGUGAAGAACAUCUUCUGAAAGAAAUACAAGGCUGGUCUAUACCCACUUUUCCAAUAAGUGGUCAUGACAUAAGAAAAAUGGGAUUUUCUUCUGGGAAAGAAAUUGGGACACUCUUACAACAACUGCGGGACCAGUGGAAAAAGAGUGGCUACCAAAUGGAUAAAGAAGAACUCUUAAGCUAUAUAAAGAAGGCAUAAAACGAAUUGGGGUAACUUCUGUCAAUUUGAUAACUCAUCCCACCCCCAACUCAAUGACAGUGACCUUAACCCAGGAUUGUCUACCUUCCAUAGGAUGCCUGUCUCUCAAGUAAGGUACAAGUUUUCCCAGCACCUUGGAAACUGCUUCCUGAUGACUUGAACUAUGCAUUCUUUGGGUGCACGCCAUAGUUCGAACAGGACCUGGAUGCUAUUGGUAUUUCAGUUUCAUUUAUACCCUGCCUUUCUCCUCAGCAGGGACCCAAAGCAGCUUUUAUCAUUCUUCUCUCCAUUUUAUCCUCACAACACCCUUCUGAGGUAGGUUAGGCUGAGAGUGUGUGACUGGUCCAAGAUCACCUCAGUUUCCAUGGCGGAAUGGGAAUUCGAACCUGGGUCUCCCAGCUCCUAGUCCAACACUGACAAUUAUUACCACUGGUAAUAAUUCCAUGGCUUUCCAUGGUGUGAAGCCAUGGAAGAGAAAGUUAAAACGCAAAUGGAUCUGAUAAAAACUAGAUAACAUAGGUUCCCAGAAACCAAUGGGAAAAUAGGAAAUAAUAAUUUUUUACUGAACUAAUUGACCUUUUUAAGCCUUUCUUGGUAACAGCAAAGCCUAUGGGGCAGGGCAUACCCAACAGAAAUAACUCGUAUGAUUCUGACUAUAAGGCAAUAAAAAGAUAAAUUAGAAGCCUUUAUAGAAAUUUUAAAAAAUUCAAACAGAACAAACAUAUUGCUAAGUAUUUUGAAAUUGAAAAAAAGAAUAUAAAAGAAUAUUGAAAUUUAAAACGUUUGAGGCCUGGAAAAGCAAA